AUGUCAUCUAAUACUGAACAACCUAUUGCUCCUCAAUCUGAUCAACAACUAAUUUCUAACAAUGAUCCACAAAUUAGUAAUCACAAUGGUCCUGAGGUUACUACCAUUGGUUCUGAUGAUCCAGUACAGGUCACUUCUUCUAUUCCACAGAAUGGUGUAGUAGGGGAAGAAACAAAUGCCAACAAUUCUAUUUUCUACAAGAAUAAGAUCUUUAUUGGAGGAUUGCCUCACGUGAUUGAUGAAACUGAAGUAAAAGCGUAUUUCACCACAUUUGGUGAGGUACUAAAAACCCAAAUUCUGCGUGAUGUGGCAACUGGUAGAGGCAGGGGUUUCGGAUUCAUCACUUUCAGUACGGAAGAAGCUGUGGAACAAGUCUUGAAAAAUAAUUUUCACAACCUCAAGAACAAGCUUGUAGAGGUUAAGAGGGCCAAAAGAAGGGAGACCAAUCGUGUUGGUGGUGUACUUGCACAAUCUAACAUCAACAACAACAAUAACAACAUGUACUGCUACUACAAUAGUAAUAGUAUCAACAACAACUAUUAUAAUUACUACUAUUACCACAACAAUUAUAUUAAUGAGCUUUCCAUAUAUAAUCCACGUCAAAUAAUUAUGCCUGUAAACCCUCCUGUCUACCCGAAUUACCCAUUCUCACAUCCUCACGGACCUCACCCUUCUUGA